CUUCGAUCUGCUCCUACAGUUUUAAAUACCGCCUUUUGCCAAUGAUUAAUCUACCUGUCUACUAGAGCUGUUGGGAGUCUAUACAUCACAAACGCUCAUCAUUCUCCACCACCAAGGGAAAAGACCAUUUGGACACAUCUGUGACCAAGGGAGGAAGACGACACAGUAGAAGAGAUACCAAACAAAGUCCUGCCUCCUUAGUCAAAGGUCUUAAAGAUGACUCUUACAAGCCCUUUUCCAAAUGCCACAGAAUAUAAUUAUGGGUAUGAAGAUGGUACCUCUCCUUGCAGUGAAGGUUUCAGCAGGUUUAAAUCACUGUUUCUUCCAACAGUUUACUGCCUGGUGUUUGUCUUCUGCCUGGUGGGAAAUGCCUUGGUCAUAUGUGUACUUUUGACCAGGAAGAAAGUCACCACCAUGACCGACGUGUGCUUGCUCAACCUUGCAAUCUCUGACCUGCUCUUUGUUGUCCCCCUCCCAUUUCAAGCUCACUAUGCUUCAGAAGAAUGGAUUUUCGGAAAUGUAGCGUGUAAAAUGAUGGCUGGUAUUUAUUACAUAGGCUUUUACAGUAGCAUUUUCUUUAUAACCCUCAUGAGCAUAGACAGGUACAUAGCAAUCGUUCAUGCUGUCUAUGCGAUGAGAGUUCGGACAGCCACCUGUGGCAUAAUUAUAAGCCUACUCCUGUGGAUGACGGCUGGUUUGGCUGCCAUACCAAAUAUGGUGUUUAACCAAGAAGUGAAAAUUGAAGAGUCUCGCGAGUGUGUCCCCAAAUAUCCUCCAGGCCAAGAGACCUGGCGAUUUUUCACUCAGUUUGAAGUCAACAUCUUGGGCCUUUUGAUCCCACUCAGCAUCCUCAUUUACUGCUACUCCCACAUCCUAAAAAAUCUGCAGAGCUGCAAAAACCGGAACAAGAUCAAAGCCAUCAAGCUGAUUUUCAUCAUCGUGGUCAUCUUUUUCCUUUUCUGGGCUCCCUUCAACAUUGUGCUUUUUCUAGACUCUCUGCAGAACUUGCACAUCAUCAAUGACUGCGAGACAAGCCAAAGGCUUAUGCUGGCCCUGCAGCUGACCGAAUCAAUCUCCUUCAUCCACUGCUGCCUGAAUCCAGUGAUCUAUGCUUUUGCUGGCGAGAUGUUUAAAGCUCACCUUAAAAAAAUAUUCCAAACCUGCAUCCGUCGCAUUUCUAGUAGCAAUUCAGCCAAUCAUUCUCACUCCUUCCCCACUCAAGUAUUAGGCUAUUCUGAUAGUGACAGAGUUCUGUAAGCUUUCUCACUCCCUCCCCAGGCAUACAUUCUAACUGCAUUCAUUUAAAUACAGCAAUUGCCCUAUAAAACGUACUAGCAUCGACUUAGCCCAGUGUGCUACCUCCACGGUUUAUUUUUUAGGGACAGAGGAAAGUUGGUUCUGGAUUUUGACUUCCACUCCUUCAAAAACUUGCAGCAAUUCCUCCAAACACGUGGUGUGAAAAAAAUCCAUCUACCCACAUGCAGAGAUCCUAUCUAGAAACCCAUACGUGAGCAGAACAUGCCAUCAUCAACAUGGUCUGACACCUUUGUGGAUAAUGGAAGCCUGCAGUGAAUGAAGAGGACAUAGAAUUGCAGGACUCUUAAUGUAAAUAUUUCCAUAACAGUAUGCAUUGCAUAUGCUCAGUGCCCCUUCUUCCUCAUAGUAUU